AUGUCUUCUCUCGUCGAAAAGGAUAACACCAUCUACGUCCCUGCCGAGUUCCUCGGCGGUGAGAAAGGCCGAAAGGUCAACGUGACCUGGAGCCAGUCAUUGCGCCAGCGCAAUCAAGAGUACUGGGUCUGCAAGUAUACCGUCAAGUCUGGUGGCAGCUCCGAAGGUGUCAUCUACAUCCAAACCGACAAGCUCGACGAGUUCAAGUCGAAGAAGAUGGACGGCGACAACUUCACUUUGAAGGUCGAUGACCAGUUCCAGUACGGACAGGACAAGAACAAGACCAAGCGUUUCCUUGUUUUCCACAACAAGGACUACAAGCCUUACCAGCACCGUUAUGUUUCCAACACUAUGGCCGAUCUGGGAGGAAAGGCCGCGGACAUCAUCGAGGGGCUUGGAUUCAAAGAUAUCAACACUGUCGAGGAAAUGACUAAGCGCUUUGUCGGAGACUACUUGCACAACUUCUAG